UCGUUGUCAAACAGAAUCACGACUUGUUAUUGCCUUAUUUGUACGCGAUUGCCCAAGAUUCCAGCCCCGGUGGACAGAAGGCGAUUUUCACAGGCGACCGGAAAAGUCUCAUACCAUUCAUCGCUUCGAGUGGCAAUAUCUGUCUGAUUUCGUUAGAAUAGCGAUGACAGCCUCUGUGCAACAUCUAGCGGGGCACUCCCUUAAGCUCGACAGUGCAUCGUCACCUCUCUUGGCCUUCGAAUCAUUUGAUCUGCCAUCGACGAACCAACGUAUCUUGGGAGCACCACAUCCUCCCAACACGGUUAUCCCACUAGCAUUACGACCAUCUAUUCACGACAAUGCGGAGGUGUCUCUGGACACGGUAGUUGAUACCAUAAAGUCACUCCAAGCCCAGGACGGUCUUCUGACCAAGAAACUCGCUCGUCACGGCACCCUGCUCUUCCGCGGCCUUCCCAUUCACAACGCACAGGACUUUAGCAAGUUUGCCCACGCCUUUGGGUACAAGCCCCAUGAGAUUAUAGGAAUCGUCGUGGACAGGCCACUGCUUGCACCCAACGUAGCGCCUGCCAACGAGGCGCCUAAGGAAGUCUUGAUAUACAAUCACAAUGAAUCACCACAGGUGCCUCAUGCUCCUGAAUACAUCUUCUUCUACAGCCAUCGUGCCCCAGCCAAGGGUGGAGAGACCCCAGUUUCAUCCUCUCUGGAAUUAUUCGCCCGUGCCCAACAGGAGAUUCCCGAAUUCAUAUCCGAGCUUGUCCAGAAGGGAGUUCUCAGCAAGGUCACCUACAAGGUCAACAAGCAGUAUGAAGGAGGCUCCACUCUUCGACAGGCAUUCGGCAAGGAGAUCAAGGACGGCGACAACGAAGCUACUAGGAGGGCUAAGGUCGAGGCUCAAAUAGCCCGCUAUGGAAGAGGUAAACACACAACCUGGGAAUGGGUCGACGAUGAUACACUGGUCUUGACGCACCGGCUUCCUGCCGUCCGUACCCAACCAGACACCAAGCUCCCAACACUAUUCACCGGAUUAGCGUCGUACUAUAAGAACGGCCAGGUCAACAAAGGGGCUAGGAAGAAUAUCGUUACCCAGCUUUUCGGGGAUGGCACACCAAUCCCAGAGAGAUACUUGGCCCAUCUUGCCAAGUUAACGGACGAACUGAGGGUCCUCCACAAGUGGCAGCGAGGCGACGUGCUUGUGUAUGACAACAUCAUUGCGCAACAUGGCCGACAACCGUGGGAAGGCGAGCAAGAGGAUCGCGUCGUUAUGGCUAGCCUCUUUGACGGGAACGUUCCUGGGGCAUAUGUAGAUGAAGAUUGGGCGCAAGUUGUGCAAGCUCUCGACGGAUGAUGCUGUUUAUUUAUGGCAGAGGAUGCAAGGAUCUAUCUUACUAGGCAUCAUUCAACGCUUCAGACGCA